AAUGUCAAAACUUGGAGAAUACGGAGUAUCAAAGAUAAGAAGGGCAAUGUAGAAGUUUCCUGGACCUCAAGAUCGUCUUUCGGUUUCCGUUCUGAGAUGCCCAGAGACUCGGCUUGGUCACCGGAUGGCCCUCUUCUGGCUGUUGCGCUCGACGCCUCUGUGGCGUUGUAUGAUUCAAUAUCAAACGCACUUCACUUCACUAUAGUGUGUUCGGAAUGCCCAAAAAUAUCGUCCAUACACUUCAUUGGGCAUCAUGGCCAGUAUAUUGCGGUCCUUGGCGGCUCCAACCUUGUUGUCCGUGAUGGAAGACGCUCUACGCGUGGUGCGUGGUGAGAAGAGCACGUCUUUAACUCCAGUACUCUGUAUUAUAAUCAUUAUGCUACUUUGUAUAUACAUUUGUUAGAAGUUAACGUGAAUCUCAUCCCUGG